CUUUACUCCAAUUCCAAAGUCCAUACCACAUACUCUCUAUAUAUAUAGAACUGGCCAACCUGCAAUUCGUAUCUAAACCCAUUUUUCUCUUCUCCUCCACAAAAUCAGGCAACCAAAAACCCCAAAUCANAAAAAAAAAAAGAGCAGAGCAAAAACCUAACAUACAAAUCGAGAUCUUACAAUGGCUUCCUCUGCAAAAACGCCAUUGAUACUCAUCCUCGCCUGCUUUCUCUUUCUCCGAGGAGCCAUGGGGGAGCUGAUCUGCGAGAGCUUGCCGGCGAACCUGUGCUCGUUCGCGGUCGCGUCGUCCGGCAAGAGGUGCGCCCUUGAGAACCGCGUGAGAGAGGAAGGUACCGUGGACUACACGUGCACGACGUCGGAGGUGGUGGUGGUGAGUAUGUCAGGGUACGUCGAGACCGACGCGUGCGUGGCCGCGUGCGGCGUCGACCGCCAGGUCGUCGGGAUCUCGUCCGACGCGUUCCUCUCCGACGGAUUCACGGCGCGGCUGUGCUCGCCGGAAUGCUACCAGAGCUGCCCCAAUAUUGUCGACUUGUAUUUCAACCUCGCCGCCGGCGAAGGCGUCUAUUUGCCGGCUCUAUGUGAGAAGCAAAAGUCAAACCCCCGCCGUGCCAUGUCAGAGCUUUUUAUCAGCAGCGGCGGCGUAUUUGCCGCUGCUCCGGCGGGCCAGCCCAAUUACGCUGUUGAAGAUGCACUUGCUCCGGCCCCAGCUGUCCACUAAUUUUCUUGUCCAUUAUUAGUAUGAUGUCUGAAGUUUUAUGCUAGAAAUUCUUUUGAGGCACAUUUGAUGAGAUUCAUUUAUUUAGAGAAUUUGAUUAUUGAGGAGAAUGGACAAUUUUAUUGCUCAUUUGAUUUUGUAUCGGGAUUUCAUCAUUUGAUCUUUUAUAUGAUGGCAUUUUAUAUAUAAUAUCUAUAUUAUAUUAUGUUAAAUUAUUGUUAUUUUGUAUUUGUUAUUGAUUAUGAUCUUGAUC